GAAAGGAAGCAGAGGAAGGGAAUGACAUAAGUCACCUGACCUGGGAGGUGAACACUCAACUCAGAAUGAGGGACGUUGAACAUGAGGCUUUUACUGAGUUGGCCACCGACCUUAGUCAGGCCAUUAACUCACUUGACUUUACUGCUGAUCUCUCCUACCUAAACCCUGAGGUCUGCGAUGAAGUUGUAAGAGCUCUAAAGAGCAUUUCCCAGAGCCUGGCCUUCCAGCCGUACUCCGAGCUGUGCUGUCCCUCUAAGGUGGUGGUGGACAUCGUGUCCAGGCUGCUCCAGGCCCUCUGGUCCUGCCAGAUGGAGAGCCCCUGUGACCAGUCCUCCAUGGCCCUGAGUGACAUGAGUGUCACCAUAGUGCUGGCAGUAGUGGAGAACCUCUCUAGAGUUCUGAAGGCUCCUCCUGUCGCUCAAGUCUACUACUCCCGUUCCACUGGUGUCAGGAUGGUCCACUCACUCAACCGUAAGAUCCAGUGCCUAAACAGCCCUGAGGACCUUAGGAGAGCUCUUUUCACCCAAAGUUCCACCUUGAUCAGCACCAUCAUUGAAGCUGUGAGCACCAAAGUCCAGAGGCUGUUUGAAGCUCCUGCUGACUACAUUCCAUUAAGCUCUAUCCGCAGCUGGCUAUCAGAGCCCAAGGCGAGCGAGGUUCGUCCAAAGUGCCCUGACCAGCUGGUAAUCUCCUCGGAGCUCCUGAGGAACAUCAUUGGUAUGAUAGUUUAUGUAGUCUUCGAAGGCCACCUAGAGGAAGACAUCAACCUUCAUUACUGGCCCCUCAUAAACGACAUAAUCCACCAGCUGUCACUGUGUGGGGUCAAAGUCACAAAGAAAGGGGGCAAGGCCAACUGGCACAUUGGCUGGUACCAGAUCCUUGAGAUGGUGACAAACAUCCAUACUCAUCUUCACCGCUAUACUGGCACAGAGCUGGUACUAAAGUUUGCAACAUCUGCCAGGGCCACCAUGCUAACGAGGCACAUGGUUCACCAUGUGGUCGAGGAGCUGGUAAAGCUGAAGGACGUGGAUGAAGGGACACUAGCUUCAGGGAGCAGUGAGUCUGUCACAGCACCCCUAAUCACUAACCCCGUCAAAGUGGACAACAUCACAACAACCAUGACCACGACUCCAGUUGACCUCCAGUCAGGGUUUGCCCAUCUAUCCUGCCCCCCACCACCAGGCUUUGCCCAGGCAUCCUGCCAGCCACCACCAGGCUUUGCCCUUGCAUCCUGCCCCCCACCACCAGGCUUUGCCCAGGCAUCAUGCCCCCCACGAUCAGGCUUUAUCCCGGCGUCAUGCCCCCCACCACCAGGCUUUCCCCCGGCAUCUUGCCACCCACCACUCACUAUCGCAGAUCAUAUCUGCACUCUAAUUCAGAGCAUCACUGCCAGAUCCAACAACAUCGUCAACAAGGAGCUGGAGAAGUGUAUCGACUCUUAUAGUAAGAGCAUCUGGGCUGACACUUUCUACUGCGAGUACAUGAAGAUGUACCCAUCACCCCAGGGGAUUGAAGCCUUCUCAUUUGAUGAGGAGAGAUUUUUAGUGGUGGCCAACAUAAUCGGCAGAAUAUUGCUGAACAAUCUCCAGCUAGAGAUGCUCCUCUCAGUGGAAGACUUUAAUGUGGAUGAAGUAGGGAGCAGUGGGUCUGUGGACUUGAACCUGGCGAUCCCAGAGACCGCUAACCCUGUCAAAGUGGUAGACAUCACAACACCCCUGACCACUAAUCCAGUCAACCUUGAGGUUUUGGAUGAAACACUUGUCCUUCAGUCAGGCUUUUCCCCGGCACACUGCACCCCACCACCAGGCUUUUCCCCGGCACACUGCACCCCACCACCUGAAUUUGCCCCAACACCCUGCACUCCACCCCCAGGCUUUGCCCUGACAACCUACACCUCGUCGCCAAGCUUUGUCGCUAAUGCCAUGCAGGGCUUUGGCACCAAAGUCAUCCUGAAACAAAUGGUCCUGCUAUUCUUGGAGAGGCUCCCUCCUUCGUCAGAGGACCUUGAGUCAGAGUUCCUGACUAUCACCGAUCGUAUCUGCACGCUUUUUCAAAGCAUCACUGCCAGAUUCCGCAACAUCGUUAAUGAGGAGCUGGAGAAGUGUACCGACUCUGACAGUAAGAAGUACUGGGCUUACACCUUCUACUGGGAGUAUAUGAAGAGGUACCCAUCAUCCCAGUGCCUGGGGAUUGAAGCCUUCACAUGUGAUGAGGAGAGAUGUUUAGUGGUGGCCAAAAUGUUUGCAAAGAAGAUGUGCCCCAAGAUGCUCCCCUCAGCAGCAGACUUCGACGAGGCUGAAGAUUCAGGGAGCAAUGGAUCUGUGGACUUGAACCUGGCGAUCCCAGAGACCGCUAACCCUGUCAAAGUGGUAGACAUCACAACACCCCUGACCACUAAUCCAGUCAACCUUGAGGUUUUGGAUGAAACACUUGUCCUUCAGUCAGGCUUUUCCACGGCACACUGCACCCCACCACCAGGCUUUUCCCCGGCACCCUGCACCCCACCAACAGAAUUUUCCAUAGCACCCUGCAUUCCACCCCCAGGCUUUGCCCUGGCAACCUGCACCUCGUCGCCAAGCUUUGCCGCUAAUGCAAUGCAGGGCUUUGGCAGGAAAGUCAUCCUGAAACAAAUGGUCCUUCUAUUCUUGGAGAGGCUCCCUCCUGCGUCAGAGGACCUUGAAUCAGAGUUCCUGACUAUCACUGAUCGUAUCUGCACGCUGUUUCAAAGCAUCACUGACAGAUUCCGCAACAUCGUUAAUGAGGAGCUGGAGAAGUGUACCGACUCUGACAGUAUGCAGUACUGGGCUUUCACCUUCUACUGGGAGUAUAUAAAGAGGUACCCAUCAUCCCAGUGCCUGGGGAUUGAAGCCUUCACAUGUGAUGAGGAGAGAUGUUUAGUGGUGGCCAAAUUGUUUGCAAAGAAGAUGUGCCCCAAGAUGCUCCCCUCAGCAGCAGACGUCGACAAGGCUGAAGAUUCAGGCAGCAAUGGAUCUGUGGACUUGAACCUGGCAAUCCUAGAGACCCCUAACCCUGUCAAAGUGGUAGACAUCACAACACCCCUGACCACUAAUCCAGUCAACCUUGAGGUUUUGGAUGAAACACUUGUCCUUCAGUCAGGCUUUGUCCCGGCACCCUGCAUUCCACCCCCAGGCUUUUCCCCAGCACCCUGCAUUCCACCCUCAGGCUUUCCCCUGACAUCCUGCACCGCAUCGCCAAGCUUCGCCGCUAAUGCCAUGCAGGGCUUUGGCACGAAAAUCAUCCUGAAACAAAUGGUCCUGCUAUUCUUGGAGAGGCACCCUCCUAUAUCAGACGACCUUGAGUCAGAGUUCCUCACUAUUGCCGAUCAUAUCUGCACGCUGUUUCAAAGCAUCACUGACAGAUUCCGCAACAUCGUUAAUGAGGAGCUGGAGAAGUGUACCGACUCUGACAGUAAGCAGUACUGGGCUUACACCUUAGACUGGGAGUACAUGAAGAGGUGCCCAUCAUCCCAGUGCCUGGGGAUUGAAGCCUUCACAUGUGAUGAGGAGAGAUGUUUAGUGUUGGCCACCUUGUUUGCAAAGAAAUUGUACCCCAAGAUGUUCCUCUCAGCAGCAGACAUCGACAAGGCUGAAGAUUCAGGGAGCAAUGGAUCUGUGGACAUGAACCUGGCAAUCGUCGACAAAUUUGUCCCUAACCCUGUCAAGGUGUUGGAGUUGCUUCAACCCCUGUCACUUCCAGACAUCAAAAAGCCCUUGACCACUAUCCAUGACAAAGUGCUGGACAACAUCACAACACCCCUGGUUGAUUCCCCAGUUAAGGACCAUGGGGGUGCCAUUGUGAACAACUCUGCCACCCGUGGCUACACGGAUCUCCAGGUGCAUGCUGGCUCUGCCAAGGCUGCCAAUGAUGCCAUGACCAAGCACCUGGCCGUUGAGUGGGGACCAAGUGGGGUAAGGGUUAACACACUGGCACCAGGUCCUAUUUCGGGCACAGAGGGCUUCUGUAGGCUGGGUGGCAACAGAGCAGAGAGGAUGGAUGCCUUCUCAUCCAUCCCACCGCAGCGGGUCGGCAACAAGAUGGAGCUGGCCCACGGUGAGCUGUUCCUGAACAGCCGCACCUCCUCUUGUUGA